CCAUUCGGGAUGGAUGAGGCGCCAGGCGCGCCUUGAGCCACUGGGCACAGAGGCCGGGCAGCCUUGCACGGCGCACACAGCGGCCCCUCGGUGGCACAGCCGAUGCUGGCAGAGGCGAUGGGCAUCCAGGACUCGAACCCGCGGCCUUAGCGACCACCAUGCCCACGCCCGCCUCCUGCGGACCAUGUUCCAUGUUUCUUUUAGGUACAUCUUUGGAAUUCCUUCCUUGAUCCUUGUUCUGUUGCCAGUUGCAUCAUCUGAUUGUGAAAUUAAAGGUAAAGGCGGAAAAGAAUAUGUGAAUAUUCUAAGAGUCAGCUUCGAUUACGUGAACAACGAGACACACAAUGGCAGUAGUUGCCUGAAUAAUGAAUCCAACUUUUUUAAAAAACACUCAUGUGAUGAUAAUAAGGAAGCUAUGUUUUUAUUUCGUGCUGCUCGCAAGUUGAAGCAACUCGAGAGAAUGAAUAACACCGAGAAUUUCAAAAUCCAUUUAUUAAGAAUUUCAGACGGCACAUUAGCACUGUUGAACUGCACCAUUAAGGUGAAAGAAAGAAAACCACCAUCCCAAGGUGAAGCCCAGACCACUAGGAAUUUGGAAGAGAAUAAGCAAAGGUGCCUUCUAAUUACACUCGUGGACAAGAUACAAACUUGCUGGAAUAAAGUUUUUGCGGGCCAGUAA